UUAUAAUACGGUUCUAGUUUAAUUAACCGUAAGGUCACAAUUCAAUCAGCAUUUUCCAAUUCAUGACAAUUAAACGAAGAUCAAAUGAUGAUUUAACACUUUCCAGAGCAAAUAGAAACUGGCGUUGACUCAUUUGAACAUGGCCAGCUCCUUCAAGCACACAGUGUUCAUAUUCUGGCUUCUGUGUCCGAUUCUUCUCUGCAAUGCGAUUGCCUCAAGCUCGUCGUCUUCUUCCUCUUCAGCAACCACAAUUCACACCAACAAUUGGGCUGUCUUGGUCUGCACAUCUCGUUUCUGGUUUAAUUAUCGGCAUAUGGCCAAUACUUUAUCUUUAUAUAGGACAGUAAAACGGUUAGGAAUACCUGACGAGAGGAUAAUACUUAUGUUGGCUGAUGAUAUGGCUUGCAAUGCUCGGAACAAGUACCCUGCCCAAGUCUUCAACAAUGAAAACCACAGACUUAAUUUGUAUGGAGAUAACGUUGAGGCAAAUUAUCGAGGUUAUGAAGUGACAGUUGAAAACUUUUUGCGAGUUUUAACAGGGCGUCAUGAGACUGCUGUGCCAAGGUCAAAGCGUCUUUUGAGUGAUGAAGGAAGCCACAUACUCCUUUACAUGACAGGGCAUGGAGGAGACGAAUUUCUAAAAUUUCAAGACUCGGAGGAGCUUCAGAGUCAUGAUUUAGCUGAUGCAGUGAAACAAAUGAAAGAAAAGCGUAGAUUCAAAGAGCUUCUGAUUAUGGUAGACACUUGCCAAGCUGCCACUCUCUUUUCUCAGCUUCGUUCACCUGGUGUUUUGGCUAUUGGAAGUAGCAUGAAAGGAGAGAACUCUUAUUCACAUCACUUGGACUCUGAUGUCGGUGUCUCUGUUGUGGAUCGUUUCACAUUUUAUACCCUUGCUUUCUUUGAGAGGCUGAAUAUUUAUGACAAUGCUUCAUUGAGCAGUCUUUUCAAUUCCUAUAAUCCAAGCAUGCUGUUUUCAACUGCAUAUUAUCGAACAGAUCUGUACAAACGGCAAUUAGAGGAGGUACCUGUAACAAACUUCUUUGGUUCAGUCAUGGAAACAAUUCACACUGAUUCGGCUUAUAGAGGCCACACAGUUAAAGUCUCCAGCAAGGCUAAAAUCAAGAUCUCGAUUGAUCAAUCAGUUGGCAUGGACAAGCGAAGAACUCUAAGUUCAAACAUUCAGGAACAAAUUAGUGAUUCAAACCCAAAGGAUCAACAGGUCUCUUGUCCUUUUACACGUAUGUGGAGUAAUUUUCAGGACAAGAUGGUUAAAGUUGAAGAUGUUGAUACCUUCGUGAACUAUGGUUUUUUAGUAAUGCUGUCACUGGUUGCAGUUUCCACUUGGUUAUCAGGGUGAAGUCUUGCAAAAAUAUAUGACCAGAAAACCAACCAAAGGUCCAAAGAGCAUGCUGUUCAAGCAACCGUAAGAGAAAACCUUCAUUCGGUACCGGGGUCGGCGGCGUGGUAGAUUAACAUCACCUGGGGUUGGAGAACCGAAUUAGCCAUGCCCAUUACCCUCUUCAAUGAUUUUCAAUUUUGAUUCGAGUAAUACCAGGAUUCCUACAAGAGCGUUGACCUAUUGAUGGUUCCAACCUGUAUAAUGUAAUGGCUAAUGUUGGAUCAUUAGACGUUAUUAAUUUUUUGAUUCAGUAAA